ACAGAAAGACACAAAUAAACAAGACAGGAGGAUCCUACCGCUAGAGGGCAGGGCAUAUGAUGUCAGUGAUGGGAGGAAGUGGUCUGUGGUCACGUGAUCCUGCCUGUCGUUGUGGGGAGGGAGGCUGCUCGUUGUCGGUGGUUCCUUGACUGAAGGUUUGCAUUCAGCACGUGUGACGUUGUAUGUGUGGUAACAACAUGUCGUUGCCGUUGCUUGAUGAGGCUGCGACUGUGUCUGGGACAGAACGGGAAACUGCAGUGGUUAUUUUCUUGCAUGGACUUGGAGACACUGGACAUGGUUGGGCUGAAUCACUGUCCUCCAUCCGCCUUCCCUAUGUGAAAUACAUCUGCCCACAUGCGCCAAAGAUUCCUGUGCAAUUGAAUAAUUCUGUACCAAUGCCGUCAUGGUUUGAUUUGGCUGGAUUAAGUCCAGAAGAUAAAGAAGAUGAAGUUGGUAUAAAGAAAGCUUCUGAAUGCAUAAAAGCAGUAAUUGAACAUGAGAUCAAAAAUGGAAUUCCUUCUCACAGGAUCAUACUAGGUGGAUUUUCACAGGGUGGUGCAUUGUCUUUGUACACUGCUCUGACGUGCCAUUACAAACUGGCUGGAGUUAUAGCUCUAAGUUGCUGGCUUCCUCUUCACAAAACUUUCCCACAGGCAGCAGGUAGCAACGUCAAUAAGGAUAUCAGCAUCCUGCAGUGUCAUGGUGAAAAGGAUCUAAUGAUACCAUUAGCAUUUGGAUCUUUGACAGCUGCUAAGCUAAAAACAAUCAUUAAUCCUGCAAACAUUCAGUUCAAAACAUAUUUAAUGCAACACUGCUCAUGUCAACAGGAAAUGAUGGCAGUGAAAGAAUUCAUUUCAAAGCAGCUUCCACCAAUUUGACUGAAGUGAGCAAACCUGUAAUAGCUUUCUUCAACCCUUCAACUUUCACCUGACAACUGAAACCAAGCCAUGUGCCACCAACCUCCAAUUUGAUUUGUAAUUAGUUAGACUGGAUAUAUCCAUGAUUUUUACUGGCACAAUCCAAAGUCCCUUCAGAGGUAAUUUUAUCAGUAAAGUGAUUACUGCCUUUAGCAGGAAGCAUCUGCUCAAUUUUAACUCUUUCCAGCUCAACUACUUGGCAGAAGUUUCCUAAUGUAGCUUUUAUUUCAAGGUAAAUGUAAUUCAUAAAAGUUGCUCUGAGCAAGUAGGAUAUCAUGUAAUUUCAGAUUGAGGAUUCAAAUCUCCUCCACUAAGGUUAAAGCUACAAAAUGUGCUUUUGUAAUAUCAGUGUAUUCUAUUUCUUUGUGCUUUUCCUGCAAAUUGAUGCAUUCACUUCUUAUUGCAUAAUUGUGGAAUCAUUGGUUUAACUGUGAAGUGCAAGAGAUGGACAAUCCUGCUGCACUGGCUGAUGGAACCAAGAAACAGCAAUAAAGCAUCUCAUUUGUUCAGAAUGUAAGGGAAGAUUAACUGGAGAAUGCACCUAAUGCUGACUAGACAUACUGUAGUUUCUCUCAACUUAUGGGAUCAUAACAAUUUUUUCACUGACUGGAGUGCAGCAUGAUGGAGGGCCAGUAAUUGUUAGGAUGCCAAAAGAAGAUGGAUAUCUCUGAAAUCAUUUUGCCUCUAUUGUUUUAAGAUUUUCAAAAUCACAUGUUUAAAACAACAAAACUGACCUUGCUAAUUCUAUUGAUUUUAAGUGAGCAAGGGAUAGGGUGUAAGAUUCAUCUUACACAGAUUGAUGAGCGUAGUUAAGACAUUAACUUAGCCAUCUUAACUAAUAUGCCACUGUGGGAAGAAUCAUGCUGAGGACAGCUCUAAAAGUGUUUGAAGUCAUGGAAACUGAGUUCUUGUUUAUUCUCCAAUAGUUACAUUAAGAAUUACAGCCCUGGCUGGAAGCAGAACGUCUGCAGGGCCCGUGAACCAAAUCAGUGAAAGUGUGGGAAUUGUGCUUAAAAACUUUUAAAAUUAUUCUAAUUUCAACACAGCUGCAGCAAUAAGCGAACAGUUGACUUCAACAUCUAGGCUAGGGAAAGGAAAAGUCUGCAGGGGCAACAUUUCCCCCACCAACUGGCUGCUGUUCUACUAUUCCUACGAUUGCCACAUGUGUAGGAUCUGUUGGCCCUGAUGUUUAUAUUGUAUCUCUACUUUUUAAAAUGCUGCAUCUUCAAAAUGCAUUACCUCCAAUGAGCUGCACUGGUUCUCUAGCCAGAGGUUUGUAUCCAGCCAGUCUUAUUGACUAUUAUUCUUGUUUGGCCUCUGUAUUUUAAAAACAUUUGGCAUAACUCAGUGCGCACUAUCAGGUGUAGAAAUGUCUUCAAGAUAUAUGGAAAGGGGACAGUAACUAAGAAGCUGGAAAGUCACUUCACCACUAGUGGUUGAUUUUAAUUCCAACCAAGAUGUUCCCUGUAUGUAAAAUGCUUUACCAAAAUGAUCACUGUGGUUCACAGAAGCAUUUUUUAAAAGCAGCAAACAAAAUUUGGGUAACAAAGUUAGACUUUUACCAUGAGAAAUACAAAAUGUUAAAUUAUGCAAACUAUUAACAACAAAUUUUGAUGCAAAUUGAGAAGUGCAUCAUGUACCUGAAAAGUUUGCAAAGACAAAAGUGUCCUUGUUUCAUGAAUGCUGACAGUUUCCUAGAGCUCAAAUCCUUUUAAAGAACUGCUCCAGUAGAAUCUAAAUUUAGAUGAGGGUUUUGAUAUGCAGUUAUAAAUCAUUGAAACAUUGUAACACUGUACUCUUGGAUCCAUUUGCCACAAAACAGAAUCCUAGUGUGACACUUCGAUAAGCAGCAUGUUAUAUGCAAUUGCACCAGAUUUUUAAAGGUUGGAUUUAAUAAAUUGUUGCUGUACAUAGACUCCAUGUGAUACAUUUUCAGAUCUAUCUUCAGUUUUUAAAAAAAAAAGUCACUAAAUCUGUGUGACAAAUAGAUGCUGGAGGAUGUGAGGGAGAAUUAAUAAGAUGACCUCUUUAAACUGCCAUUUUCAUUUGCGCUCCAUGCCUGAAGAGAAAUCAUGGGAUUAACAUUUUUUAAAAUCCAAUGCCAGUUUUUAAUAUCUAUUGCCAUUUUUUGAUAAUGGAGUUACAUUGAAUCACACUGGCUUCUUUUCUGUCUACCUCUCCUGAUGUAACAAGUUGGUUGUAUAUGGUACUGUUAUUUGUCACAAAAACACUAAGAUUUUUAAUUUAAAAUAGCAUCAUCUAUAUGUCUUGUGGGUCGUGGGUUUGCGCUACUGAAAAUAGGCAAGACACUUUAUUGCAGGAGAAGAGAAAUAUGGUUGGGUAGUGAGACCAAGGAAAUAGACUGACUCCGUGAAGGACGAUGGAAAGAAGGGACCAGAUAUAAAUCCAUAGGGUAAAAAUCGGUCAUCUUACUCCAGAAUUCUAGAAAUGUAAGUUUUGAAAAUUGUUUGUUUUAUUUGAAAAGUAGGCAUAUUCAACUCAAGCCUUAGCCUCUCUAGGUUUGAGAUGUUGGGAGACAAAGGAGACCAUGCAAAGAACUUUUUUGUUUUUGUUUCUUAACUUCAGUAAGGCAUUACUUAUCAAUCUAGCACAGAAGUAAAUACAGUGCAAGCUUACUCACCUUUUCCCAGUAACCGAAAGGGAAGGGGGAGGUGGUGGAAAAUCACUGAGCUCAUCACACAGUCACUAAAACUGAUUUAGUUCUACCUCUCAUUCCUUCUGAUAAAGUUACACCUGUACAUUUUAAGAAUCAUUAAAUGCAACUUAUAUUUGUAUCUGCUGAUUUGUAAAUGCUCCAAGUGGUGACUGUUGGGCAGCAUUGACAAGUCAUUACAGUUAAGAUUUAUACUGCUGCAUGCAUUCACAAAUGUGUGUUUGGCAGACAAUAUGGAGAACAAACCAGUGUACUCAAUAGUCAGAACCAUAUGAAUAACACAAAUUGUUUAAAAUCUGCAAUUGAUUGUUCCAGUCUAGAGAAUCACUUGGCUUGUGACAAUUUAAAAUAAAGGAGAAUUAAUAUUAAAUGCAUUGAAAGAAACUAUAUUUGUCAAUGCAGCUUUCUGAAACAGUACUAUUUCCAAGUGAAUAUAUGCUUUCUAAUUCCAUUGCUGUAGUUUUAUUCUGAUUAUUUUACCCAUGGUGUUUUGUUUUCCAAUCUCCUUGUAAUGUGAAAUUGAAUAAAGAGAGAGAAUUCCCAUGGUGUUUGCCUCUGCUCAGCACUAUUUAGGAUGUUCUAUGCGCGAUGAUGGAGGUGGUAAAUGCAUACUUGUAUACUCUAUACAAUUUUUGACCUUGUACCUUUCUGCACAAUUAUUUCUUUAACUAAACCAUAGGUCCACCCCAGAACUAAAAAUGCAGUUCACUUUUGC